AUAUCGUACGAAAACAUGUGGGCCAACAUGGCCUUGGACAGAUUGACCGACAGACCACCAAAAAAGAUGAAGCUAAGAAGACAUACUAAAGAGUUCACGAUGCCCAAGACGAUACUCGAGCAAGCAGAACGAAAUGUUGCCACCGACGGGGAACACGAUCGUCACCGACAACCACACACCGAGACCUUCGAGGUAGAAUGCAUCGCUGGGCACGCGCCAUCCGACAAACAGAUAGUUGAACAGCGAGAGCGAGAACGCAGCGGCGAUACCAUAGUAUGUAAACAUGUACGCCAACAUACCAAUCUUGUAGUGGACGGGGGUGGGGGACCAGAACAUUUUGUGGAUGAGGGCGUUGAUGGGACCCUCGGUCGGCCAUUCGAUGAACGGGUUGAAGAGGAGCUCCGAGCAGCCGUAUGCGUAUUUUUCCUAUGA